UAGCAUGUGUACGCCGAUGAAAAGUUGCAAUAUAUAGAGAUUUAACUGGAACAACACACACGACAAAUAAAGAUGAGCGGAGAAAUCCCACCACAACAGCGCUUGCCAGGGAAACUGUCAGCAAGUAGGCUAGACAAAUUUGAUAAUCUGCCUAUUCCAUCACGCUCGCCAGUUGGGAAAAAGAAAAUUCCAGACAAACCAACGACUUUAUCUCCGAAACCAGAUUUUCCGGCAAAAAGACUCACACAACCAGUGUCAAAAGAAACAACCCUGCCUGACAACCCAAUAUUUCAUUCACCAAUGAUACUGGUAUCAACUGUUGAUGGCAAAGCGACAUGCGACCAGUCAACCUUAACCAAACUGAGAGAAAUAGAGAAACCACUGAACAUAGUUUCUGUAGUUGGAACACUGAGAACUGGAAAGUCCUUCAUCUUAAAUAAACUGGGCAGCUAUGGUUCAGCCGGUGCCAAUUCUUGGUUUGAGACAGGUCACACAACGACAGCUGUGACAAAAGGUAUAUGGGUAAUGUGUCGGCCACACCCUACACAGGAAGACCAAGUUCUUGUUUUACUAGAUACAGAAGGGAUUGAUGAUCCUGAUAAGGUCGAUAUUGAAGACGAUAAAAACCUGUUUGUACUUGCCACGCUUUUAUCCAGCACAAUGGUUUACAAUACAAGAGGGAACUUUGACAGAGCGGCAAUUGAUAAAUUUAAAUUUUUAAACAUAAUCAAGACGUCAAUAAAAGUGAGCGGCUCAGAAGAAGACGAUUCUAUCCUAGAUUUCUUUUUCCCGAACUUCGUUCUCACACUAAGGGAUGUUACUCUUGAACAUAAUUUUGAGGACGAUGAUACCUAUCUAGAAGAUGCGUUAAAGCUUAAACGACGCAAAAAGGGCGGAAGUAUCAGUGAAGAUACCUUAAAAGAACAUAAUCUCCCAAGAAUUCUUAUCCGAAGAUAUUUCAAAAACAGAAAAUGCUUCCUGUUUAGGAAACCAGUAAAGAGUGAUCUCCUGAAAAAACUGAUGACGCUACCAGAGAAUACAUUGAAGCCAGAAUUUCAGGAAACACUGAACGAGUUCCGAAAGUACAUAUUUUCGUGUGAGCCAAAGUUACUGAAAUCAGGAAAAGCAAUAAAUGGCAGAAUGUUGAGUUCCCUAUUGCUGAAUUAUGUCCAUUCCAUACAAGCUGGAGAGUCUCCAUGUUUGGCAAGCGCAAUGAUUUCAAUGUCGGCACUGGAAAAUACACAUGUAGUCCAGAAAGCUUCGGAAAUAUAUAAACGUGAAAUGCAAAGACGUCUUGCUUCCCAUUCACCGAGCGAAAAAGGUCUUGUUAAUUAUCACAAGGACUGUAUGAAAAAUGCUCUUGAGGUUUUGAAGUCUGGACUAAUUAUUGACGAUGAACAAAUCUAUGAAGAACAGGCAAUGGUUUGCUUCAAAAACCAGUUUGAAAAAUUCAAGAAUAUUGUCAAGAAAGAUUUAGAAGCAAAAUGUUUGGAUACACUGGGGAGGCUGGAUACAAUGAAAAUACAAGUGAAGAUAAAGAAUCGCAAGUACUGCACCCCAACAGGGUAUGAUGAUUAUAUGAAAGACAUAGACUCGUUGAUCCAGCAGUUCAAUAGAGAAGUCGGUUACAUGGGAUCUGUGGCGAGAAUCGUUCUUCAAGAGUUUCUUGAUAAAAAGGUAAAAGAAGAGGAAAUUGUGUAUAAAAUGGUUCUAGAGGCGCUAGAUGGGCAAGAAGGGCCAGCAAGGAGAAAGAUAAAGCGCCUGAGUUUGUUCAGAGAAGAAGACGCUAACAUUUUAAAGGAGGAAGAAGAGGUUGAAGAAGCAAUUCGAGCUGAUAUUGGACUGUUUCAAGUCAAUGGCCUAAAGAACAUCGGAACACAAUACCUUGGCAUGCUGAAGACGAAAAUUGAAGAAGUAGACAGAGUGAAGAAAGAGCUCAGUCAAAGAAACUCAUACUAUCAUAAAUUAUGUAAAGAAACGGCACACUGGAAAGACAUUUUUGAGAAGGCUACAUUUAAUUUGUCCCACUAUAGGAAGCAGCUAAAACCAGUAACUGAUCAAAAAGAAACGGAUAUGCAAGGUACAACUUAUAAUGGGCCUUUGGAAGAUGUAAUAGGGCCACUUUGGAAGAAAGCGCUGGAAAAAGAUGAAUCCAUAGACGAAGAUGAUGUCAAGUCACAAUGUUCUUUUGAUGGGGAGGAUUUUAAACCUGCAAAUGGAGACAGUUUGACGGUUCUUCCUAACAGGGUUUCGCCAGAUGGAAUGUCUGAUGAUCCAGUUUAUCGCGACCCGGCUCCUGUUGAAGAACAAAGAAAACCGGAUAAAUGUAAUAUCAUAUAAUAGCUAUUGAUUACGGGACAAUUCUGCUUGGCUAAGACGAGCAUGAUUGAACAUAUUUUUUUUGAAAUUAAGAUUUUCCGAUGAUGAUGAGUACACGUGGCUAAUGGAAAAUUAUUAGAACGGUUGUUGUUAUAUACAUAAACAUGCACUGCGUAUAAAUUUCAUUUCAGAUGCUUUAAAUUGUAAUGUUAUUAAUCAAGCGAUUUCAUAUUGGUCUUGUUAUUUGUCAAAGGAUUGUCGUUAUGGCCCAGGGCCGUAGGCCAAGGGACAAAUAACUAGGCAAAUAUGAAAUCACUUGAUUAAUGACAACUUUGUUAUUCAACUUUCUAAUAUUGGCGAUAACACCAUUAGAACUCUUUGAAUUACCUUUACAGUUAUUCAUUUUCAUAUCAAAAAUUUUGUACAGAUUUAUUUUUGAAAGUAUAAUCAUUUUAGCCAGUAAAACAGAAUGGGUUGUAUACAGGUACGUGUUAAUAAUUUUGAGAUAUAUUAUGAUGCCUCGACAUAAUCAAAAAUAACUGGAAUUUACCUUUUUGAUUUUUCUCGAGUGAGCAUCUUAUGAUCUGUUUAUUUGAACUGUGAUAGAAAGUGCUUAAAAUGUCAUUUCUUUGUAUGCUGCAGACAACAAAACAUAAUUUUUUUGCAUAUACCGGUAUGUUGAUCAAGAUAAUACAACCAACUAAUCACAUACUAUAUACCCCAAUGCCGCGUUGUAUUCUUAUUCGCCGUGUUCGCAACUAAAUUAUUCAUCCACUUUCCAGCACAUGAAUCGCUAUUUAUUUUGCACAAAUAGUCCAUAUUGUAUAUUUAGGAUAAGUCUCAUUCUUUUUAAUUUAUCUGAUUUUCGCAUAUUUUCUCAAUAUUUUCCUUGAACAUUGUCAGAAUUUCUUACAGGAACACUUGUUUGUACACAAUACCAAAUAAUCCGAAAGCAUCGUUGUAAUUUACAAAGACGUACAUCGACAUCGUAGGUCCUUUUGUGAACAAGUUAGAUGAUAUGUUUGUGAGAAAUGUGAAAAAUAUUAAUUUGAACCAAUCAAAAUGCUUGAAUUUCGUAUUGGCCCUGUUUUCUCGUAUUGGUCCUGCUUUUUCUCAUAUUGGUUCAGUAAUGUUUAUGUUUAUGUUUAUUAGCUCUUUCUGAUUCAAAUGUUGUGCGCAAAAAUCUAAUGUAGUGUGUAAUAUUUUAAAGUUGAAUAAUAAUACACAGUACAAAUGAAUAUUGUUGAAGAUUAAACAUCUCCAAAAAGA